AUGCAAAAUCCAAUGAAGCCUCAUUUGGAAGCAGUUCGACGAAUACUAAGAUAUGUGAAGAGCACAAUUGAUUAUGAUCUUGUGUAUAAAAGAAUUGGAGACUGUAAGUUAGUUGGUUACUGUGAUGCUGACUAUGCAGGAGAUCAUGACACCAGAAGGUCAACAACUGGUUACUUAUUUAAGCUUGGUUCUGGAGCAAUUUCUUGGUGCAGCAAGAGACAACCAACUGUAUCAUUAUCAAGCACUGAAGCUGAGUAUCGAGCAGCAGCAAUGGCAGCUCAAGAAAGCACAUGGUUGAUUCAACUAUUAAAUAACCUACAUCAACCAGUUGAUUAUGCAGUUCCAAUAUAUUGUGACAAUCAAUCGCCAAUUCGUUUGGCGGAAAAUCCGAUCUUUCAUGCAAGAACUAAACAUGUUGAAGUGCACUAUCAUUCUAUCAGAGAAAAAGUUCUCCAAGAAGAAAUUGAGAUGAGACAAAUCAGUACAGAUGAUCAAGUUGCAGAUUUGUUCACAAAAGGCUUUGAGCGCCAGCAAAUUCAAAAGGUUUCGUGA